GCUUUAACAUUCUCCCCUGCUCAUUCGACGGACACGUCAACCACUGGUUAGCUAGCGGAUAGGUAAAUGACCUAUCCAGACGUUGUAAGAUCUGGUAGGCGUCAGCAACGUCUGAGCAGAGGGACGUGUCUUGAUCAGUAGUGAAAGCGUAGCGUCGUCGCCUGCUCUUUUCGAGCCAAUGAGAGAGCUGCUGACGAAGGUAAUGGGAGGGCCAGACGUACACCUGAGCAGGUCAGGGUGACUUGAUUUGUGUGCCCACGCCCCCUGUGAAUUAUCUGGCGGAUCGAUUCGUUUCGUGAAACGUUUUUUUUUGGUGCGUGGAAUUAAGAACGAUCACAUUGGGAACGGAUACUUUUACCGGUCUCUUUUUUUUUAUCCUACUGCUACUUUUUCGGCUACUUCGAGAUUUGUUGGUUAAUAGCCUUAAUCAACACAAUGCAAUAUUUAAAUUUAUCUCAGGAUUCAUGCCGAAACGAACACCUUUGUUGACAGAGAGAACAUGUCAUUGCACCAUGCCAAUGCGGGGGCAUUGUUCAAAUGGUUCCAUAAUAAGGCUACUGUGUCCAUCUCAGACUGCUGUGUGUAUAGUCAACGGGGAGGCAAGCCUCCUCAACACCUCCUUCACUGACAAUCACAAUGCCACUGAGACAGGGCUGUAUGCUGUCGGGAACAACUGGACCAACUAUAACUUCUGGACUGGUUUGACCUUGGCGGUGCUGUCGGCCUUCCUGAUUGGAGGAAGUGUGAUGCUGAAGAAGAAGGCCCUGCUUCGCCUAGCCAAUAAUGGACAGACCAGAGCAGGUGAAGGUGGUCAUGGAUAUUUAAAGGACUGGCUAUGGUGGAGUGGCCUUCUAACCAUGGGUGCCGGGGAGGUUGCCAACUUUGCAGCAUACAUGUUUGCCCCAGCUACUGUAGUGACUCCUCUGGGUGCUCUGAGUGUCCUUAUCAGUGCAGUGCUGUCCUCUUACCUGUUGGGGGAGACACUGAAUCUGUUGGGGAAGCUGGGCUGUGUGCUCAGCAUACUGGGCAGCACUCUCAUGGUGAUCCAUGCACCUGAAGAAGAGGAAGUCACUACCCUGCAGCAGAUGACUGACAAACUGCUCGACCCUGGCUUCCUUGUGUUUGCCAGUAUCCUGCUGGUGGCCUGCCUGCUGCUUAUCUUCUACUUCUCCCCCCGUGUGGGCCAGACCAACAUCCUGGUCUACAUCGCCAUCUGUUCCCUGCUGGGAGCCUUCACCGUCUCCUCCGUCAAGGGCCUGGGCAUCGCCAUCCGCACAGUGUUCUCUGACCCGGCCGUGGUGCGUCACCCGCUCACCUGGAUCCUGCUGGCGUCACUGGUCUGUUCCAUCGUGGUCCAGGUCAACUACCUGAACAAGUCCCUGGACACCUUCAACACGCUGCUGGUCUACCCAAUCUACUAUGUGUGCUUCACCACCGUGGUGCUCACCACCUCCAUCAUCCUGUUUAAAGAGUGGGGGACCAUGUCUGGUGUGGACGUGGUGGGCACCGUGGGGGGCUUCCUGGUUAUCAUCUUGGGGGUAGCCAUGCUGCACCUGUUCAAAGACAUCCACGUCACACUGGAGGGCCUGGCCAGCAGAAUGUGUCAGCCGCUGGAGGUGAAACGGGAGGACAAACACAUCCUCAUUGAGAAUAUGGAGAGCCUGCCUCCCAUGAGAGAAGACGCACCCAGAGUCUUCAUCAUCAGCUGAGAGACUGGCACCCAGAGUCUUCAUCAGCUGAGAGACUGGCACCCAGAGUCGUCAUCAGCUGAGAGACUGGCACCCAGAGUCGUCAUCAGCUGAGAGACUGGCACCCAGAGUCUUCAUCAGCUGAGAGACUGGCACCCAGGAUCUUCAUCAGCUGAGAGACUGGCACCCAGAGUCUUCAUCAUCAGCUGAGAGACUGGCACCUGAGAGGACUCUUAGCACUUUCACUUAUGUAAAUAUGUAUUUGUUAGUCUUUUUAUUGGUAGUUUUAUGUAGAUUUGUGACAAAAGCGGUUGUUGACUAUGUCUGUGAUGCUCCAGGAUGCUAAAUAGCCUGCUACUGAGGACCUUUGUCUAUGAAGGUACCAGAGGAGAGAAUACAUUUUAUAUAGUUGUUUAUACUUGUGGGCGUUUUUUUAACCUCAGUUAAUGGUAAUACGGGUUGCUGAUGAUGCUGCAGGCUAUGUAGACUGCUGCUGAAGACCAUUGUUUGUGAUUCAUCAAGGUAUUUUAAAAAGGGCUCUUUUUUUUUUUUUUUGUAUACUUUGCAUUUUAAGAUGUUGACUACAUUUCAUAUAUUCCUGUUGCCUGUCACUCAUUUCAAUAAAUAUUUUCUAUUUUGUGCCAGCCA